AUGCCGAUCGUAAAUCGGCUCAAAAAGUUCAUUCUUGGCUCCUCUUCGUCGAACGACAAUAACCAGAGGUCAUGCUCGAUACCAGGGGCGAAAUCGAUUCCGGCCGUUGUGAAGAUUGAAACGGAUGUUUCUGAGUACUGGACACUGGACGAAGUGAUUGGCGAUGGUGCAUUCGGAAGUGUCUAUAAAGCGCGCUCGAAACUUGAUCCCGGAAAAGUGGCCGCUGCGAAGGCGAUGGAAUUGGAAGACGACGAAGGCCAGGAUGUGAUGGUGGAAGUAUCUAUUUUGGCUCUGUGCAAGCAUCCCAAUAUUGUCGAACUCUACGAUGCAUUCACAAUGGGCAAUCGUAUUACGCUUCUUCUGGAAUACUGUGGUGGUGGUGCGGUGGAUGGUAUAAUGAUGGAGCUAUCA